AGAGUGAAGAGUGAAGGUAGUUAUAGAAGCAGGCAGGCAGCAGAGCAACCUCAUCCAGGGAAAGAGUCAACAAUGGGAGGCCGAAGUCGGUCCCGAACGCAGAGGAAACACUUCCGGCAUCCUAGAGUUGACGGACGGAAACGCCUGAAGUCGGAUUCCCAGAAACCGCCUAACAGAGCUCCGUCAGCCGAUGAUGAAGCUAACGGGGACGCCACCAAUAGUAACCCCAUAACGGAGCCUUUCUACAAGCACAAUCUUUCAUUCGAAGAAUACUACAAGGAACAAGGCAUUGUGUCGCCGGAAGAGUGGGACACUUUCAUUGAAUAUCUCCAAACACCGCUCCCUGUUGCUUUUAGAAUCAAUUCCAGGACGCAGUGUUAUAUGGAUAUUAGAUCAACGUUAGAGGAUGAUUUCAUGAACUCUCUUCAGGCAGAGAUUUCAGAUGGGAGUGAAGUUGAGGCAAUUAAACCUUUGCCUUGGUACCCAGAUAACCUUGCUUGGCAUUCCAAUUUCUCUAGGAGCCAGUUGAGAAAGAAUCGAACUCUUAAGAGGUUCCUCCACUGUUUCUAGAUGUACAUCCGGAUCAUUUUAUUCUUGAUAUGUGUGCAGCUCCUGGUUCCAAAACAUUUCAAUUGCUUGAGAUGAUAUACCAUGAGGGUGUUCCUGGAUCACUGCCUACUGGAGUGGUGAUAGCAAAUGAUGUUGAUGUGCAAAGGUGCAACCUUCUUAUCCACCAAACAAAGAGAAUUUGCACUGCCAACUUAAUUGUCACAAAUCAUGAAGCCCAACAUUUCCCCAACUAUCAUUUGUAUAGACAUCAUCCCAACGGUUCCGAGAUCAGGAGCUUUGAGGUUCCUGAUAUCACUCAGCAUCUAUUUGAUCGUGUUUUAUGUGAUGUUCCGUGCAGUGGGGAUGGUACUUUACGCAAGGCACCUGGCAUUUGGAAGAAAUGGAAUGUAGGAAUGGCCAAUGGUCUGCAUGGUCUACAAGUUCAGAUAGCGAUGAGAGGUAUUUCUUUGCUUAAAGUUGGUGGACGGAUGGUUUAUUCCACUUGCUCGAUGAAUCCUAUUAAGAAUGAAGCUGUGGUUUCUGAGGUUCUGCACAGGUGUGGACAGUGUGUUGAACUUCUUGAUGUCUCCAUUGAGAUUCCGCAUCUAAUUCGCCGCCCAGGUCUUAAAAAAUGGAAGGUUAAGGAUAAAGAAGUGUGGUUGAAUUCUUACAAAGAUGCUCCAAAACCUCGCAGAGGUUCAAUUGUUCCUGGAAUGUUUCCUUCUCAGUGUAACUGGAGUUUUGAAAAUGUGAUACACAUGGACAAAGAACACACAACUUCCACUAGCAUCCUGGAAGAGGAAGUAUCUACAUUACCUUUGGAGCGCUGUAUGAGAAUAGUGCCUCAUGAUCAGAACACUGGAGCCUUCUUUAUUGCUGUCUUUCACAAGCUUUCAAAUCUGCCAGAGAAGUCAAAUGCUGAGAUUAAAGAGGCUUCAAAAGGUUUGGAAGUGAAGUCAGCAUGUACUGGAAGUCUUCAAUUUCCUGAAGAAACAAAAAAUGCAGGUUUACAUGACAAAGAAACAGAUGAUCAUGCUUAUUACAAUAAGUCUGACAAAAAAUAUCAAGAUAAUGAAGCUGAUGACGUCCACCUUUGUGGUCACACUAGUGCUAGUCCAGAGAUGGUGGGAAGAACAAAGUUGCAGAUUCAGGGCGAGUGGAGAGGGGUUGACCCAGUUAUCUUUUACAGGGACAAUGAACUUACUAGUAAGAUCAAAGAUUUCUAUGGUAUUAAAAAAUCCUUUUCGUUUGAUGGAAAUCUCGUUACAAGAAACAGUGAUACUAAGAAUGUGAAGCGAAUAUACUAUGUAUCCAAGUCUGUGAAGGAGGUUCUUGAACUCAAUCUUCUUGCUGGGCAGCAGCUUAAGAUAGCCUCAGUUGGUCUGAAAAUGUUUGUAAGACAGCCAUAUAAAGACGGUGCAUCUGCACCCUGUGUGUUUCGCAUUUCAUCUGAGGGAUUGCCGUUGUUACUGCCGCACAUAACGAACCAAGUUUUAUAUGCAUCUCUCUUGGACUUCAAACAUCUAUUGCAGUAUAAAAUAAUCAAGUUUGCCGAUUUUGUUGAUUCCAACUUUAGAGAAAAGGCUUCUACUCUAUUGUUGGGUUUCUGUGUGGUGGUUUUAGAUAAUAAAGGUUACGUUGUAAUUGUCUUAGUGUACAUUUGGAUCCUCGAAAAUGCCAUGACUAGGAAAGAAUGUGUGUUAAGUUAUUUUCCUAUGUUUGGUUUUACCAAGGAAAAUUAAAUAUGAUUUGCUGCUAGUCUAUUAUAAUCUAAAAGCAAAAUGUUUUUGGGGAUGGGAUUCCCG